CGAUGUAAUUCGACGCAUGCCUGGUGAAUUAGAUGCAACAUGUUUACUCAACUUUGGCCUACGAGCUAGACGCAAAAGCCGCACAAUCCUUUCGGGAAUUCGGCCCUCAAUGUGCUUCAAACAAGAAAAGAUGCUGCAGUAUUAAUUUCAAAUCAAGGACAGAAACAAUGACUGCUGCACUACGGUUAUCAGCUGUGCUUCUGCUUUUUGCAGCCGCAACAACGGCUCGUCUAAAUUUAAAUCAAGGCUCAAUUACAACCGUGGCAGUAACGACAACAACUGCCGGUGAAAGUCCAACACCAGGUUUAAUACCGACCACAGUCAUUGCAAAAUCAACCACCAGUCCAACGACAACACCGAAGGCAGCAGAAGAAACAACAGCUGCCAAUCAAAACACACCAAGCACAAAACCAACCACAGCAGCAGCGACAACAACAGCGGGUCCAAGUAUGAUACCAGGCUCAACAGCAUCCGCAGCAGGCACAACAACAACCACAGUCACAAGUACAACAGCAAACUCAACACCAACUGCUGAAGUCGCGCCAACAACCGCAGGUCCAGGGAUGAAAUCAGGCUCAACGACAUCCGCAGCAGUCACCACAACAACCGCCAGUCCAGGUGCAACACCAAACUUAAACGUAACCAAAACAGCUACAACAACAACCUUGGCUCCAAGUACAACAUCAAGCUCAGCAACAUCUGCAGCACCCAUGAGACCAACAACCAGUCCAGAAACAAGACACGCUUGCACACCAACCACCAAAGUCGCCACAACACCCGCCAGUCCAUGUGCAACCCCGGAUUCAAACGUAACCACAACAGCUACAACAACACCCUUGGGUCCAAGUACAACAUCAAGCUCAGCAACAUCUGCAGCACCCAUGAGACCAACAACCAGUCCAGAAACAAGACACGCUUGCACACCAACCACCAAAGUCGCCACAACACCCGCCAGUCCAUGUGCAACCCCGGAUUCAAACGUAACCACAACAGCUACAACAACACCCUUGGGUCCAAGUACAACAUCAAGCUCAGCAACAUCUGCAGCACCCAUGAGACCAACAACCAGUCCAGAAACAAGACACGCUUGCACACCAACCACCAAAGUCGCCACAACACCCGCCAGUCCAUGUGCAACCCCGGAUUCAAACGUAACCACAACAGCUACAACAACACCCUUGGGUCCAAGUACAACAUCAAGCUCAGCAACAUCUGCAGCACCCAUGAGACCAACAACCAGUCCAGAAACAAGACACGCUUGCACACCAACCACCAAAGUCGCCACAACACCCGCCAGUCCAUGUGCAACCCCGGAUUCAAACGUAACCACAACAGCUACAACAACACCCUUGGGUCCAAGUACAACAUCAAGCUCAGCAACAUCUGCAGCACCCAUGAGACCAACAACCAGUCCAGAAACAAGACACGCUUGCACACCAACCACCAAAGUCGCCACAACACCCGCCAGUCCAUGUUACAACAUCAAGCUCAGCAACAUCUGCAGCACCCAUGAGACCAACAACCAGUCCAGAAACAAGACACGCUUGCACACCAACCACCAAAGUCGCCACAACAACCGCCAGUCCAUGUGCAACACCGGAUUCAAACGUAACCACAACAGCUACAACAACAACCCCGGGUCCAAGUGCAACACCAGACUCAACAUCUGCAGCACCCACGAGGCCAACAACCAGUCCAGAAACAACACAAGGUCCAACACCAACCACCGAAGUCACCACAACAACCGCCAGUCCAUGUGCAACACCAGGCUCAACAACAACCGCAGAAACCAAGACAACAACAGCUUGUCAAAAUCCAACACCAGACUCAACAACAUCCGCAGCAACUAA